AUGCAAUCUAUCUAUCUAUCUAUCUACCUAUCUAUCUAUCUAUCUAUCUAUCUAUCUAUCCAAUUUUUUCUUGAGAUCACUAUGUUCAUAUUUGUCUCUUACUGUUCAUAUCUAUCUAUUCUUGUCUGUCGACUGUCUUUUAUAUCUAUCUAUCUAUUUAUCUCUCUCUAUCUCUGUGUCUGCCCAUAUCUAUCUAUCCUAUCUAUCUAUCCAAGUAUGUUCAUAUCUGUCUAUCAAACUCAGUUUGUUUGUUUAUCUAUCUAUCUAUCUAUCUAUCUAUCUAUCUAUCUAUCUAUCUAUCUAUCUGUUCUCUCCAUCUAUCUAUCUCUCCAUCUAUCUCUUGUUCAUAUUUAUCUAUCUUUCUAUCUAUCUAUCUAUCUAUCUAUCUAUCCCUAUCUAUCUAUCUAUCUAUCUAUCUAUCCCAGUCUGUUAAUAUCUAUCUAUCUAUCUCAGUCUGUUAAUAUCUAUCUAUCUAUCUAUCUAUCUAUCUAUCUAUCUAUCUAUCUAUCUAUCCCAUCUCAGUUUGUUCAUAUCUAUCUAUCACAGUCUGUAUCUAUCCAUUUAUCUAUAGUUUGUUCAUAUCUAUCUAUCUAUCUUUGGUUUGUUCCUAUCUAUCUAUCUCAGCUUUUUCAUAUCUAUCUAUUUCAGUUUAUUUAUAUCUAUCUAUUUAUCUAUCAAAGUCUGUAUCUAUCUAUCUAUCUAUCUAUCUAUCUAUCUAUCUAUCUAUCUAUCUAUCUAUCUAUCUAUCUAUUUCAGUUUCUUCAUAUUUAUCUAUCUAACCAUCUAUCUCAGUUUUUUCAUAUCUAUCUAUCUAUCUAUCAUUUGUUCAUAUCUAUCUAUCUCAGCUUUUUCAUAUCUAUCUAUCUAUUUCAGUUUAUUUAUAUUUAUCUAUUUAUCUACCUAUCUAUCUCAGUUUCUUCAUAUUUAUCUAACCAUCUAUCUCAGAUUCUUCAUAUUUAUGUAUUUAUCAAUCUCAGUUUGUUCAUAUCUAUGUAUCACAGUAUCUAUCUAUCUAUCUAUCUAUCUAUAGUUUGUUCAUACCUAUCUAUCUCAGCUUUUUCAUAUCUAUCUAUUUCAGUUUAUUUAUAUUUAUCUAUUUAUCUAUCAAAGUCUCUCUCUCUCUCUCUCUCUCUAUCUAUCUAUCUAUCUAUCUAUCUCAGUCUGUUAAUAUCUAUCUAUCUAUCUAUCUAUCUAUCUAUCUAUCUAUCUAUCUAUCUUUUGGUCCUAUUCAGAUUCAUCUAUCUAUCUAUCUAUCUAUCUAUCUAUCUAUCUAUCCACAAUUAUCUAAUUAUCUAUCUAUCUAUCUAUCUAUCUAUCUAUCUAUCUAUCCAGUGA